ACGUAAUAGUAAACGAGGACUACUUUAUAGAUUUGGAAGACGCCUACCAAAAACUAGAACGCGCAGAACUCGACCCGUGCUGGUUUAAAAUCAAAGAAUCCCGCUACAUUUACUUCUUCUAUUUGGAUCCCGACUCAAAACCUUCCCUAAAAUUCGCAGUGCAUUUCGCAGACGACUUAACACUAUCCUUUAAGCUGGACGACAUGUUCGUUGGCGAACUUCAGUGUCGAAACCAGACGAAAAUACAGUUCCCGGUCAAGGUGCAAGAUUUAAAAACGUUUUCUGUCAUUUUUAAAGAGAUUGAGUUCUAUUUGAAAAACGUGGCGCAAUUUAAAAACGUGACAAACGGAAAUUCUGACAGUACGUCUAAUCAGACGAAAUUUCAAGAGCGCCACGUGAAAAUUACGGACAACGUUUGCAAGUCCUGCUUGAAGGACGUUGAGGUGUACGUGAGAUGCGUCAAAUGUCAGAACGAGUUUCACCCGGGUUGUCUGGCCGUUAAAGGGUUGGAUGAUUGCGAUAAGUGUAGGGAAACCUUUAGUAGGCUCAGCGAACAACGCGCUAGUAAUCACGAUGACACUAACGAGAUGGCUGAUAGCGAGUACCUGGUUAGUAAAGUAGAGGAGGAGGAUAAUCUCUUUGAAGAGAACUAUAAUUUGUUGGAAGAAAAAAUAAAUAGUCUGACAUUCAGUUCAGUGAAAUGAAUUAGGAUGUUUGUUUCUAAAUAGAUAAGGUUUUUCUUAUGAAGUUGGAUCAGCGUAUUGCCUAAAUAUUGUGGUGUCGUUUUUAUUGAGCAACAAGGUACCUAAUUUUUUAAGUUUAAAAUGUUAUUGUUGUUUACUAUAUUUUCUUAGUGAAAGUGCUGUGAAUGCACACAAAAAUUAUUUUGGGACACACUUUAAAUCGUACCUAAUAUGGAUUUUAUUGUGUAUUUUUCUAUAAGAAAAAGGAUUCAUGGAGUUCUAUUUAUUAUUAAAGUUAUUUUAUGUUACUGUGAUAACAAGAAUAUACAGGGUGAGUCUUAAAAAAAGUGCAAAUAUUUUAGGAGUAGUAUAUUUCGACCC